GCAUGCGGGCUCUUGGCUGCUUGCAUUGGAGGAGGGAAGAAGGCCACAGGGACCCAGAAGUUUCCAGCCUGCAGAGAGGACCGAGACCAUGAGUACAGCAGGAAAAGUGAUAAAAUGCAAAGCAGCUGUCCUGUGGGAGGUAAAGAAGCCCUUCUCCAUUGAGGAGAUAGAAGUCGCACCCCCAAAGGCUCGUGAAGUUCGUAUUAAGAUAGUGGCCACUGGAGUCUGCCGCUCCGAUGAUCACGUGGUUAGCGGAAGCCUGGUCACACCUCUUCCUGCUGUUCUGGGCCACGAGGGCGCUGGCAUUGUGGAGAGCGUUGGAGAAGGGGUGACUUCCGUAAAACCAGGUGAUAAAGUCAUUCCUCUCUUUUCUCCCCAAUGUGGAACUUGCAGAAUUUGUAAACAUCCGGAGAGCAACUUUUGUAUGCAAAACGAUCUGCAAAACACUCGAGGGACUUUGCUUGAUGGCACCAGCAGAUUCACCUGCAGAGGGAAAUCCAUCCACAACUUCAUCAGCACCAGCACCUUCUCCCAAUACACAGUGGUAGAUGAGCUGGCAGUGGCCAAAAUCGAUGCAGCUUCACCCCUGGAGAAAGUCUGUCUCAUCGGCUGCGGGUUUUCAACUGGUUAUGGCUCUGCCAUCAAAGUUGGCAAGGUGACCCCAGGCUCCACUUGUGCCGUGUUUGGCCUGGGAGGAGUUGGCCUGUCUGUUGUCAUCGGCUGUAAGGCAGCAGGAGCAGCCAGGAUCAUCGCAGUGGACAUCAACAAAGACAAAUUUGCAAAGGCCAAAGAGUUGGGUGCAACUGACUUCGUCAACCCUCAAGACCACAGCAAACCCAUCCACGAGGUGCUACAGGAAAUGACUGAUGGAGGAGUGGACUUCUCAUUUGAAGUCAUCGGUCGGCUUGACACCAUGAUUUCUUCCUUGUUCAGCUGUCAUCCAUCAUGUGGUGUAAGUGUCAUUGUAGGGGUGCCUCCUAACUCCCAAAACCUCUCAGUGAACCCCAUGUCAUUGUUGAUGGGACGUACCUGGAAAGGAGCAAUAUUUGGUGGCUUUAAGAGUAAAGAUUCUGUCCCCACACUUGUGGCUGAUUUUAUGGCUAAGAAGUUUCCACUGGAGCCACUGAUUACCCAUGUUUUACCUUUUGAAAAAAUAAAUGAAGCAUUUAACCUUCUUCGCACUGGAAAGAGUAUCCGUACUGUGCUGACAUUCUGAGACCUCUCCCCUGGCACCAGCUCCUGACUUUCCCACCCCGAGGAAUCUGCAGCACCAGCCACACAGCACGGUUAAUUUUGUUCUUUAGAUAGUCAAUAAAGUACUCCUGUAAACUUUCCACAAGAAACUGACAUUUCUGUGCAAUCAUUCUUCCAGCACACGUUUAAAAUCUAGUAGAGCCAUACUGAACAUCAGCCAGGGAACUGGAGGGCGCCUGGCUUUUCUUCUCCUGUGAUUUCUGUCACCUUUCCUACUGGAGGCAGUACCCCUUGUGACCACUUGCAUUUUUCUGUCUUUAGACUUUUCCGUCACUGAAAGUCAGUGGAGGGGUUCUUCCUCUGAGACAUACAUGGUAGGCUGCAUGCUCAAAGUCUACAUCCACUCCUCUCCCACUCUCUGUACUUUUCUCUUUAUGAACUGUAUCAGAGGUCUAGGAUGAAAACCACUGCGUGGUCCUGGAUGGACUCGGGUUGAAAACUAAAGACUAUCUAGAACUUCUAAACCAGGAAAUUCCUUAGUAACUAGAAGGAAA